AGAUAAGUAAAAAGUGAGCUCCUCGGACGCACGACAACACACCAAGUGAAGUGGAAAGCGGCUCCUGUUCUGCUCCUUAUCCCAUUUCGGACGCUGCGUACGAGGCGGUCCGACUCCAAACUGCUGCGGGACUGAACCAGAAGGCAAGAAGAGAGAAGAGAGAAGAGAGAGGCGCCUUUGGCUCGUGUCUACUUACUGCUCUUCUUUUUUUUUUUUUUUUUUUUUUUUUUUGUUCCAAGUUUCUUUAUGACAGCGAAUUCGUUUCCAGCGUAUUUAUAGGUGGAAAACAAUCGUUUCUCUGUUUGCCAUCUCGACGACUAAACUUAACUAAUGACGGCAGAGGUCCAGCAGCCCCCAGCGCAGACUCCUGCCCAGAGCAGCCCGAUGUCUGCUCCGGAGAAGCCGCACGGACAGACGGUGGUGAUGGAAACCGCUUCCUCCACUACGAAAACCAAAAAGACAAACGCAGGGAUCCGACGACCGGAGAAGCCGCCGUACUCCUACAUAGCGCUGAUAGUCAUGGCUAUCCAGAGCUCUCCGACCAAGCGGCUGACGCUCAGUGAAAUCUACCAAUUCCUGCAGAGCCGCUUCCCGUUUUUCAGAGGCUCGUAUCAGGGAUGGAAGAACUCCGUGCGUCACAACUUGUCCCUGAACGAGUGCUUCAUCAAGCUGCCCAAAGGCCUCGGCCGGCCUGGGAAGGGCCACUACUGGACUAUCGACCCGGCUAGUGAGUUUAUGUUCGAGGAGGGCUCCUUCAGAAGGAGACCCAGAGGCUUCAGGCGCAAGUGCCAGGCGCUGAAGCCCAUGUACAGCAUGAUGAACGGCCUGGGAUUCAACCACAUCCCCGAGUCUUACAACUUCCAGGGGAGCGGCGGGGGCCUAUCCUGUCCGCCCAACAGCUUGUCUCUGGACAGUGGGAUUGGGAUGAUGAAUGGACACUUGGCAGGUAACAUGGAGGGGAUGGGUCUGUCCGGUCACUCCAUGUCACACUUGUCGACCAACAGUGGACAUUCCUACAUGGGAAGUUGUACAGGAUCCACCGGGAGUGAUUAUCCCCACCACGACAAUUCCGCCUCCCCUCUGCUCACCAGCGGGGGAGUCAUGGAGCCUCACCCCGUCUACUCGAGCUCAGCCUCGGCGUGGGCUCCGGCCCCGACGGCCUCGUUGAACAACGGGGCCUCCUACAUCAAGCAGCAGCCUCUGUCUCCGUGUAAUCCGGGAGCGAACCCGCUGCAGCCCAGCUUGCCCACGCAUUCACUAGACCAGCCGUACCUGCACCAGAACGGGCACAGUACCACAGAUCUACAAGGUAUUCCUCGGUACCAUUCCCAGUCUCCCAGCAUGUGUGACCGAAAGGAGUUCGUGUUCUCCUUCAACGCCAUGACGUCCUCAGCCAUGCACUCACCGAGCAGCGGCUCGUACUACCACCACCAACAGGUCUCCUACCAGGACAUCAAGCCCUGCGUGAUGUGAUCAUGUCCUCCUACACAACCCCAAGGACAAAAAGCCUGCAGACCAGAGGACGGUGUCACAGACUUUGAGCCACGCAGCAGAGCGAACUGAAACGAGAACAAAUGCGUAAAAUUACCACUGAGAGACUUAAAGGCCGCAGCCUUGGA